GCAGGGCUCCUCAGCCGGGACUCCCCUGUCAGCGUGCUGUAGUAGACUCGCCAUUGAGGUGCUGCUUUGUACCAGGGAAAGCGAAGGUUAUAAGGAGACAACGCCGUGGAGCAGGAGGCAGAGGGGCAGCGCGCAGCCCAGACCGGAUCCUAAGCCUCCCGGCUGCGGUCCGAGGACUCCUUUCCGCUCAGCUUGCAUGUGAGAGCAGCCCAAGCGAGGAGGAAUCUAAAGCCAUCCCAUCACCAUGGACUUUGUUAUGAAACAAGCGUUAGGAGGGGCUACCAAAGACAUGGGGAAGAUGCUGGGUGGAGAUGAAGAAAAAGACCCUGACGCCGCCAAGAAGGAGGAGGAAAGGCAGGAAGCCCUGCGACAGGAAGAGGAGGAAAGGAAAGCCAAAUAUGCAAAGAUGGAGGCCGAAAGAGAAGUGAUGCGCCAAGGGAUCCGAGACAAGUACGGGAUCAAGAAGAAGGAAGAGAGAGAAGCCGAGGCGCAGGCCGCACUGGAAGCCAAUGCCGAGGGAAGUCUGACGCGCCCAAAGAAAGCCAUACCCCCCGGCUGCGGAGAUGAGGAGGAGGAGGAAGAGGAGAGCAUCCUAGAUACAGUCAUCAAAUAUCUACCUGGCCCUCUUCAAGACAUGUUCAAGAAGUAGCGGCUGCGGCCUGUGAGACUGUCAUGAACAGUAAAGCAAUGGAUUGCUCAUGUCUCAAAUGAGAGUCUACAAUCUUGCCACACAUCACACCCCCCACACCCUCUUCCCCCACUCAAACCCCCCUCCCCGGCCUCUCCCUGGCCCCCUGAGAUGCCAUCCAUUCCUCGUGUGUACAUAGUCACAUCCAGUAGACGCCUCUGAAUGGGGUAAGGAGCCGCAGUCUACACAACUUUUAUUAUAAGCCAUAGUACUAUGUAUGUUAAACAAGGCAACUGUACAUUAAACAGAGCAAAGGAAAAGCUUCCUGUUUGUUUCCAUCCAAAGCAGACUGGAGGGUUCACUAACCGUGAGCAGUGGCUUCUUUUAUUUUCCUUAAUUAGUGUCAUAGUUUUAAUAUGCUAGUUGAUUGUUCAUUGCUGGGUACAUCUCUUGUACCAAGAGAUGCCUCCCUCUCCCCCGGAAACAGACCCUUUUCCGUCCGAGUCCAUCACCCUCAUGGAGAAGAGAUCAUUUGGAAAGUGAACCAUGCGCCACCCCUGGCGCAGAGCUAUGGAAGAUCCAAGGCUUCCGCACCAGGGGUGGAUGGUAGAAACCAGCCGCCUUAGAUUCUAAGCAAGAGUCUUGUUGCUUUGGGAAUAGCCAUACUAGGAGGGUCGUGUGGCCGGUGCGGUCAUGAGGGCUAGGCCAGACGUCGGGAGUGUCGGGGGGCAGCACUUCCCAACCCAGGGGCCUGAGGAGCCCAGCAUGGAUACCUGGACUCCCCAACCUUUCUCUUUUGGCGGAGACCCCCAAUGCCAUAGUCAGUCCUGCUGUGUCCCACGAAUGGAAUUCCAGCUCCAGCAUGUGUUGUGGCCAUACACUGUUCCCCCAGGGGGCGCCAGAGAGCAGGGCCAAGAGGCAGGAACUGAUCCCCAGUUUGACUCCCAGUUCUGACUCUGCUUCUCUCUGUGCCCUUGGGCAAGUCACUUAACCUCUCUGUCUCAGUCCCCCCUACAUCUGGACACUGGAGAUUAUAAUAGUUACCUACCUCACAGGGCUGUUGUGAGGGUCAAUGGGUGAAUGCUUGUACAGUGCAGCACAGGAGCUAGGUAUUGUUAGAACAUGGUGCCAUCAUUGGGUACAUAGGCAUUUACCCUGUGAUGGGAAAGCGGGACCAAGACUCUCCUAGCAUCACAAUUAAAAACACCUUGAACUCAGAUGGCAUUAGAACAUCUCCCAACCUAGGGGUGUCAGUGCCGAGGGACUGUGCCAGAUGACACAGUGACCCCAGAUGCUGCUGCUUUGCUACCGCAGUGAGUACAUUUUACAGUCUGAUUUGUUGCACAGUUCAUACCAUCUGCUCUGCUGUUUGGAGAGCUGACCUUCGGAUUCUGGGAUUCUCUCAGCCCAGAGUCGCUUCAGGUUCUGGCCAGUAGGGCAGCAUCUUGGUCUCCUGAGAAAAGAAACCAUCUCAGGAGACUCCAAACAAGCGGAUCAUUUGCCUGGCAGAAUUGCACGACUGCAUGUCCAGGCUGUUAUUCAUUCUUUCAAACAUACUUAGAAGUAAAUAUCCAAAUAGCACGGAUGGCUUAGGGGAAAAUAUCCCAUGGAUGCAGAUUGCUGAGUUACGUAUGCCUGGGAUUACAUUA